GACAAUUUGACGUUUGCAAAUCGUUUGCAUUUGCAAAAUUUAAAAUGUUUGAAAAAAUACAUGCAUUGUAAUCAUAAUAUUGUAAUAUUUAGUUAAUAGAAAUAGUAUCUUCUAAAAUAGCUUGUAUUGUAACAAUAAUAUUAAUCAUUGCAAUAUUUUAAAACAAGGAUAUCAAUACUCAUAAUGUCUGAUGAUGCAGAACAGCAGGCAGACGAAAUUGAAGUGCUUAAAUCUAUUUACGAAGGCGACGAGAACUUUAAACAGGUUAAUGCAACCACAUACCAAUAUAAGUAUAUAGAUGGAGAAAAGUCAUUUGUACUGGAAAUAAUAUGGGGGCCCACAUAUCCCACAGAAAAACCUAGCUUCAAUUUAGAAAUAUUUUACAAUCAGAACCUAUUACCGUCAGUGAAAGACAAAAUCCUGUCCAUACUGGAUACAGAAGCAGAGCAGUGGGUGGGGUGCGCUAUGACCUAUACAUUGUUUGAGUGCCUCAAGGAGCGGGUGACGGAGAUACUGUCCCAGCAGACUGAAGAGGCUGUUGUUGCGAGAGUGGAGAAGAUGGCCAUUACUGAACAGACAGAAUCAAAGAAACCGGAGAAGAAAGAGCAGUUAAGCAAAUCGCAGAAGAGAAGAGCGUGGGAUCGAGCAGAAGUGGGACGCGCGGGCGAAAAACCGCGUGGCUGGGACUGGGUGGACAUCGUCAAACACCUCUCCCAAGCGCCGCACAUUCCCUCCUGACACUGACUGACUAACUGACUGACUCAUAGACAGACACAUCUCAUUAACCACUACUCAUAUUAUAAAUGCGAAAGUGUGUUUGUUUGUUGGUUUGUCCUUCAAUCACGCCGCAACGGAGCAAGAUCGAUGUGAUUUUUUGCAUGGAUGUAGUUCAAGAUCUGAAGGCUUUUUAUCCCGGAAAAUCAAAGAGUUCCCACAGGAUUAUAAAAACCUAAUCUCACGCAGACGAAGUCGCGGGCAUCAGCUAAUGACUAAAUAAAAAGGCCCUAGCAUAGCUGAGGGUUGAAUAAAAGUUAUUCGAAAUUGUAUUGCAAAAUUUAUGUAGAAGAACUAGUCAUUAAUGUCUCUUAUGCUAUGUCUGUGACUCUACUACCUUUUCGGAAAGCAGAUGCUACUGAGAGGAGCAUUGUACCUAUAUUGCAAGUGUGCAAAGUUGAAAAUUAUAGUCAAUGCGCAAAUUUUGACACCCGAGCCGCGGGCGGGGUUUUAAGACAGCGCAGAAUAUUUAAUUUUCAAUGCGCACAUGUAUAAUAUUUUGUUAGUAAAAAUAUUUUUUGAAUUGAAAAACGUAUUGGCUUUGUUUGUUUAUUAUCAAUUGUAAAAACAGUGCCAACAAUAAAUCAAUUUAUGGGCUGCGAUUAAACUAAGACAGCGCGCAUAUUGGCUACUAUGGCCUGAACCAAGUAUGUAUGUCGCUGUUCUUCAGCAGCUGCUGUUGUAAACGUAUCACUAAUUUGGUUUAAUAUAAAUGCAAAAGUGUAUCUGGCUGAUUGUUGCCUUUUCUUGGCCCGCCCGUUUUACUGAUUUUGAUAAAAUUUGAAACAGGCAUAGGCUGCUCUUAUCUAAAAAAAAUUGAGUUCCCCAAGGGAUUUUAAAAAACCACAUUUUUUACACGUGGUUAGUUACACAGAUAACUUGCAUCCUAGAGAUGGAUAUAAUGUAGGCUAUUUUUAUCCUGGUAAAAUUAAUUCCCACACAAUUUUUAUGAAUUCACGCAAAUGCAGUCGUGGGUAUCUAGCCUUGUGACUAAAUUAUGUGGCCUUCUUACAAACUUUAUCUUACAAGUGUGGAAAAUUGAACAUUACUGUCGAUGUGCUUUUGAGACCCAAGCCGCAGGCGAGCAUUCUAAAUUGGGUUGGGUCCGAACGAAAGCUUCACCUGUUAACGCUAUGAGUUAUAGUGGCAAGAUGUUCAGGCGAUAGUGUAAUAUGCUUGCAGUCUUAGUCCUGUUUUAAUUUAUUAUAAUUUACGAUUAAGCGCUUGCUUUGUUAAUGUAUUUACAAUAUUAUUAUUUUAUGAAUGCACGCAAGUUGUCGUGCUAAAUAUAAAUAUGUUAUGUACUCA